AUGGGUGCCGAUACAAUGCUUCUCUGUCGAUGCGAUAGCGAUAACGCCGAAUUCAUAUCCAGUGUUCUUGAUCCACGCGAUCACCCCUACGUUCUCGGCGCCACGAAGCCAGUACAGUCGUUCGUCGCAGCGAUCAACGCCGGGAAGGAGUCGGGUAAAGAUUAUCUCGCCGUCAAGGAAGAUUGGAAGACGACAGCAGUGUUGAUGACCUUCGAUGAAGCUGUCAAGGCAAGUGCCACUGAAGAGCACUACAGGUCAUAUAUAGCCGAGGUUGCAGACAAGGUCGUCACCCUACUGCAGCGACGAACCAUUGCAAAGGGUGUAACCGGCAAGGAUAUCUUCUUCGACUGGGAGCUGCCUAGGACGCCACAUGGGCAGUACAUGUUGCAAUGGAGCACACAGCAAGUUAUCGAUCGAGCUAUAUUGGCUGCGCCAUUCGGAGAUGUAACGUGGAGCCGGCAGGACAAGCCAAACAAGAAGGAUAUGCACGGCUUCCACAUGGGCGUACGCGCUGUGUAUCCCGACCGUCUUUUUGCAUUCGGCUUCAUGGGUGCCUACGAUUUCGCGAAAGGAGGGUACAGCCCAGACGACUUGCGUUCCUUCCACUCCGAUAUCGCGCGCGACUACGGCAUCGUGUGGCAAGUACAGCCCAUCUGGGCUACUCAAGGGCUAUCGCUGCAUGCGAGACGAUUUGCAAAAGCAUUUGCAGAGGAGGGCAUGGCGGGCUAUAUGCGUGACGUUGCGAAGCCCGCUAUUGAGAGUAUGCCUACCGAUAAACACGGGAAACCAACGGCACGAGGGGGCUAUCUCGCAGACGCCUUUUUCGAUGUUGUAGCAGGUAGAGAAAUCACUAGUGAGACGUAG